UUACCAACACUGACGGUGCACGUUGUAUUUUAUGGAAACAUUCUAAGUUAGAGGAAUAAAAAUGAAAAUAUCUCGUUUCAAGAAAUCCCACAAAACCCUGGUAUACUUUGCCACUAACUUUGACUACCGAGAACCCUAUCAAGUGUUAAUAGAUGCCACUUUCUGUCAGGCAGCCCUGCAGCACAAAAUCGGCAUAGAUGAGCAAAUAAAAAAGUAUUUCCAGUGUCCUGCUAAAUUGUUGACUACUCAGUGUGUUAUUUUGGAGGCCGAGGCACUAGGAGCUCCCUUGACAGGAGCCACAUCGAUUGUUAAGCGGUUCCAUGUCCACAAAUGUGGGCAUGAAGGGAAACCUGUAGCAGCCGCAGAAUGUAUCAAGUCUAUGACAAAAGACAAUCGCUAUAUAGUGGCUUCUCAGGAUCGUCUCCUACAAGAGAGUCUUCGCAAGAUUCCCGGACGUUGUUUGCUUUACCUGCACAAAGCCACUCCCGUUCUGGAAGCCCCAUCCAAGGCAUCCAAGAAAUGGGUGCAGAGGCGUGCCAAAAAUCUAAUGCUGGGCAAGCAGGUCGAGAAAAUAGACUACAUGAAAGAGAAACAGGGAUUGAAACCCACUGAAACGACACCGAAUCCUAAAAAGCGUAAAGGUCCGAAGAAUCCAAAUCCUCUGUCCUGCAAAAAGAGCAAAAAAGAGAAGACAAAGCCCGAGCUCAAGGGUGUGGAACAAACCUCAUUGGUCAAGGCGAAAACGAAAAGAAAACGGGUUAAGAUACCAGCCCAUGUCAAGGCAGAACUGGCAAAAGAUUAGUGGUUAGAUAGGCCUUUUUAUCGUAGAAAAUAAAUAGAAGAUAACGAAAGCUAA